AUGGCAAGUUUAGAGGACUUGAUUCCAACUGUAAACAAGUUGCAGGAUGUGAUGUAUGCUUCUGGUAUCGAUACACUUGACUUACCGAUAUUGGCGGUAGUCGGAUCUCAAUCAUCAGGAAAAUCAUCGAUUAUUGAAACUUUGGUAGGAAGGGAUUUUUUACCAAGAGGGACAGGUAUUGUUACAAGAAGACCGUUGGUCUUACAACUAAAUAAUUUACCCAAGGAUUCAUCACAAGCAAAUGAAAACAUCGGUUCAGACGCCAACCCAGAUCCAUUUUCCUCUGGUUCGACAAAGAAUAAUCAGUUAGAAGAUAGCCUUAGCUUUGUAGAGGAUGGUAUUAAUGGACAGACGAACAAUAACCAAAAACACCGGAGUGAAUGGGGUGAAUUUUUACAUAUACCAGGCCGUAGGUUCUAUGAUUUUAAUGAAAUUCGAAGAGAAAUUGAAAACGAAACUGCAAGACUUGCAGGAAAGAAUAAAGGAAUUAGCAAACUUCCAAUAAAUUUGAAAAUAUUUUCUCCACACGUUCUAAAUCUUACGUUGGUAGAUUUGCCAGGCAUUACAAAAGUUCCGAUCGGGGAACAACCACCUGAUAUUGAAAAGCAAAUCAAAAACUUGAUUCUAGAUUAUGUUGCAACUCCGAAUUGUCUAAUUUUGGCUGUUUCUCCAGCAAACGUAGACUUAGUCAACUCAGAAUCAUUAAAACUUGCCAGAGAAGUUGAUCCACUGGGAAAACGAACGAUCGGUGUUAUUACAAAAUUAGAUCUUAUGGACUCUGGUACCAAUGCCCUGGAUAUUUUAUCAGGAAAACUCUACCCCCUGAAAUUUGGUUUCGUUGGAAUUGUAAACCGAUCUCAACAGGAUAUCCAAUUAAAUAAAAGUGUACAAGAAGCAUUGAAUAACGAAGAGGAAUAUUUUAAGAGACAUCCAAUCUACAGGACAAUAUCGAACAAAUGUGGUACCAGAUACUUAGCCAAGUUAUUGAACAAGAUAUUGAUGAAUCAUAUCAAGGAUAAACUACCUGAUAUCAAAACCAAACUUAACACUUUAGUGACGCAGACUGAACAGGAAUUAUAUAGUUAUGGAGGGUCAGCUCUCAGUACUAAGGAAAAUCGCGCAAAUUUAAUUCUUCAGUUAAUGAAUAAAUUCGCAACUUCCUUUAUCUCAUCUAUUGAGGGUAAUUCUUCGGACAUAAACACAAAGGAACUUUGUGGUGGUGCCAGAAUAUAUUAUAUCUACAACAAUGUAUUCGGGAAAUCUUUGAAAUCUAUUGAUCCAACCACAAACUUAACUACUAUGGACAUAAGAACAGCAAUUAGGAACUCGACAGGUCCCAGACCCACAUUAUUCGUCCCAGAAUUUGCCUUUGAUCUUUUGGUCAGACCUCAGGUCUCGUUGCUACUAGAACCCUCUCAAAGAUGUGUUGAGUUGGUAUAUGAAGAACUAAUGAAAAUUUGCCAUGGUUGCGGUUCACCUGAGUUGGUCAGAUACCCACGUUUGAAAAGUAUGCUUAUUGAAGUUGUCGUUGACUUAUUAAAAGAGAGGCUGGCCCCUACAAGACAGUACGUCGAAAGUUUGAUUGAUAUUCAUAAGGCGUAUAUAAACACCAACCAUCCCAGCUUUCUUAAGGCCACGGAAGCAUACUCUGAUAUAAUGAAGUCUAACCAGGAAAGGAAAGAUAAAGAAAAUAAGAAUACGGAGGUGAUUACAGAGAAGGAGAAUGGAAGUGACAGAAGUAGCUCAUCUGAAGAGACGGGAUACAUUGAUGGAAAGAAUAAUAUUAGUAAAGAGGCAGAUGAGUCAAAGGCCUUAUUUUUUGACAAUUUUUUUGCCACAGAGAAGCAAGAUUCUUCAGGGAAUUUAGCAAAUACCAGUCAUGAUACUUUGGUCAUAAAUGAGGAUUUGAACGGUUCGUUGCUCGGAAACCUACAUAUCACUGAGAAUUCCCAAACGACAUAUGAUUUGGAACCACAUUUGUCUGAACGUGAGCAAUUAGAAUGUGAACUGAUUAGGAGGCUAAUUAUUUCAUAUUUUGGCAUUAUAAGAGAGAUGAUUGAAGAUCAAAUUCCUAAGGCUAUUAUGUUUUUUUUAGUGAAUUAUUGUAAAGAGAGUGUCCAAAACAGGCUUGUUACUAAACUUUAUAAAGAGUCAAUGCUAGAGGAACUACUGGUGGAGGACCAAACAAUAGCACAAGAUAGAGCCAAUUGCGAAAGAUUACUGGAAACAUACAAAAAUGCAUCUAGCUUAAUUAACAAUAUUCUAUAA